CCCCUCCUCCCGGCCCGGGGCCGCCUCUCCGGCCCUGCGCCCCGUCGGCGGCAGCGACGUGGUGCGGUGCUGUGCGGUGCUGUGCGGUGGCGGAGGCUCAGCCAUGUGGGUGGCGGUGCUGCUGGCGCUGCUGGCGGCGGCGGGGGCGCAGUACGAGCGCUACAGCUUCCGCAGCUUCCCGCGGGACGAGCUGAUGCCGCUGGAGUCGGCCUAUCGCUACGGGCUGGACCAGUACAGCACCGAGAACUGGCCCGAGAGUGUCAGCUACCUGGAGGUCAGCAUGCGGCUGUACCGCCUGCUGCGCGACAGCGAGGCCUUCUGCCACCGCAACUGCAGCACGGCCGGGCAGCCGUCCCCCGCGGCCCCCGCUGCCCCCGGCGCGGCGCUGGAGGAGCUGCGCCUCCUGUCCGGGGUGCUGCGGCGGGCGCAGUGCCUGCGGCGCUGCAAGCAGGGGCUGCCCGCCUUCCGACAGGCGCAGCCCGGCCGCGACCUGCUCCAGGAGUUCCAGCGCCGCGAGCCCUACAAGUACUUGCAGUUCGCCUACUUCAAGGCUAAUAAUCUUCCAAAAGCUAUUGCAGCAGCUCACACAUUUCUUCUGAAGCAUCCAGAUGAUGAAAUGAUGCAAAGAAAUAUGGCCUACUAUAAGAGCAUACCUGAUGCUGAGGAGCAUAUUAAAGACUUGGAGACAAAGCCUUAUGAGAAUCUCUUUGUCAGGGCUGUGAGAGCGUACAAUGGCGACAAUUGGCGGACAUCCAUCUCGGACAUGGAACUGGCUCUUCCAGAUUUCUUCAAAGCUUAUGAUGACUGCAUAGCAGCCUGUGAAGGCUCCCGAGAGAUCACAGAUUUUAAAGACUUCUAUCUUUCCAUUGCAGAUCAUUAUAUUGAAGUCCUUGCAUGCAAAGUGCAGUGUGAGAGCAAUCUGACACCCAUUAUAGGAGGCUUUGUCGUUGAAAAAUUUGUGGCCACCAUGUACCAUUACUUGCAGUUUGCAUAUUAUAAAUUGAAUGACAUGAAGAAUGCAGCUUCAUGUGCUGCUAGCUACCUUCUGUUCGACGCAAAAGAUGAAGUAAUGAAACAGAACAUGGUCUACUACCAGUACCACAAAGACAAAUGGGGACUUAAAGAGGAGGAUUUUCAGCCCAGAUCGGAGGCAGUUCGAUACCACAACAUUACCACACUCCAGCUGGAAAUGUAUGAAUUUGCAAAGGAACAUCUGAUGGAUGAUGAUGAGUAUGGAAAACAUUCUGGUAUCUCUGGUUCUUCACAUUUUUGCUGCAUUGAAGCAUGGCUUUGUGAAGAUCUGUGGCUGAAAAUGGAGAAGGGUGAAGUUGUGGAAUUCCUUGAUGAGCUGUUAGAAGUGGAGGAAAAAAAGGAAUCCUGAUGAGUGAAACCACCACAAAGUAUUUUACAGAAGUGAAGACUCACCAUUGCUCCUUACUAUUGUUUUUGAUCACCUGUAGUUCCAGUUAGAUAUACCUCAAAGGUGCUUCUUUAUGCUGCACUUUCUAUCCCAAGAAAAUCCACUCCUGAAAGGUCACUUCCAUGCUGCACUGACUCUUCUGUGAGCAUGGCUUUUCACUGUGCAGGACUGGUGCACAUGAGUUUCCCCCUCGAGCUUUCUUUCCCUUACACAAACACAACAAAACAGACUGUUUCUGUUUUCUGGGAUAACACUAAGGUUCUUCAUUUUGGUGCUGUUCUACUAAGUUGUAGCAGUACAGCUAAAUUCUCAAGAACUUUUGUCAGGUUAUGAACUAUGGAAGACAUAACAGUUCCUCUUUCUGAGCUAUGAAUUGUAUUAUUUAUAUAUGUCUUUUUAUAUGAUGUUGAAUAAAGUGUUGAUGAAUCCUGGUGCACCUGAAAGAUAGUAAGGUACAUUGAAAUAGCUGAAAUAAGGUGAUUAACAAAGCACAACUAAUGACCUUGUAAACAUUGCUUAAAGAAUUCUGAAAGCAGUGUUGGUCUUUCUUGAAAUCUAAAUUAAAUUCCAUUAUGUGAAACUGAGAAUAAAAAUAAUUUUUGCUUCCUA